AUGUCCACGUCCGCAUUGAAAGUGUCUACUUUUUCGGCGGGUCUGCAGUUUACGAGCAAAGACAUCCAUGAACCUCCUGCAGAUACUGCUGUCGAUAAUAGAAGCGGCGUAUCUGAUGGAGAGCCUCAUGCGGCCGGUAGAAAACCAGUGAGGCCAGAGAUUCGCUGCUUCGAAUCGGAGGAAGAGCGACUUGUGUGGAAAGCCGCCAGGCUGCGCCACAGCAUUGAAACAGACUUGAUGCCACGACAGGAGUUGGCCGAACGUGCCCUUCGACACACUCGUCGGCAACUUGUGAAAAUACAGCGACUCUUGCCCAGUGCGGCCUUCCUGGCGUUCCGACAGAAGUGUGCCGCGUGGUGUGAGCGGCUGCGCCUCUUCGAAGAGCUCGUGGUGCGUACCAUGUUGAGGGAAGCUGUAGACGGUGCCGCGCGCAGUGGUGAGGUGAAGGCACCUGCACGAUGGCGGAAGUCGAAUCAAUGGCCGGCCAUCACCAAUUUUCUCGAGCUGCAGCUGCAUUUGUGCUACACAGUCGAGGGCAGUGCUGCGGUAGAAGCCUCUUCGCCAGACCAUUCGAGCCGCGAGGCGUCUGCGGUUCACCGACAUCUGGCCGCGAUCUGGGCGGCGCAGCAAGAGCGUCUUCUGACUCGUGACCUUCUUGAAGGUUAUUAUACAUUAAGGGACAUUGUGCAUGGCUGGGGAAGUGUCUGGCUCGUGCAGGUGUCUUGUGCGAGCGAGGCCGAGAACGUCAGCUCCACUGCACGCAGUUGUCGGCCACAGGAGUCGGGCGGUUCAUGCAUCUGCCCGUUCCCCGAGUGGGAAAGUCUCUCUGCAGUGGAUCAACUCACAAGCUACUCAAAAAUAUGCUCCCACCACCUAACCGAAGACGUGGUGGAGUGCUUGGAAGCGCUCAUGGUCACGCAGUUUGCGGGCGUGUGGUGCCACAUCGAGUCCAUUAUCAGCGGUGUAAGCGCGUAG